AUGCUUUCAAGUGAAGAUUGCGACAUACUUGUUUCGGAUGCAUUAAAACAAACAUGCAGUAACGGUUUACAAGCGAUGGAAAUACAACCUGAAUUUAUAUUGCUCUUGAUACCGUUAUUGGCUCUUUUUAUUUCAUUUUUAUAUUGCAUGUUUGUCCAGAAGUUUGAUCAUUUAGAUAUUCGAAUUGGUCAUCGUAAAGGCUAA